AUGUCCAAGCUUUCGGUCACACCCAAUGGACUCAUGCAGAAACCGCUCAAGGCAUCGGAUCCCUUGGUCCCGAAGUCUCUGGUGCAACUUGAGAAGGAGAUGGAGAGUAUCGCGAAUGGACAUGGCGUUGUCCCCGAGUAUCUCCAAGCUGAGAUGUGUGACAAGACCAUUGAUGAUUGCGAUUUCACUACCGGCAUGUUCGACAAGAAUGCGGCGAAGUACUCGGACUCUCAUCGCGAAGUCAACCUUUACGACAUCAUCGCAAUCAUGGCCAGCGCCAAUAACUGUCAGGAAGAUCUCCUGGACGAGCAUACCUGGAACAAUCAUGUUCACACUCCCCUCCUCAACGCCGCCUUUUACGGAAAAUAUCCUUGCCCUCCGCAGCUCGAUGGCUUCCUGACCUGCGCCACCGCUACCAUCCUUCCUGAGUACAAGAUCAAAGCUGCCCCUGGCAAAAAGGUCGACUACGUCGCUUACAUCAACCCCGACAACGACAAAGCCCAUCCGAACGCCAGAGCCAUUAUCGAUAAGUAUCGCGCCAACUUUGCAGAGGAUUCCAUCAACCAUACUGGCUAUCGCAAGGUCACACCCAUCUCCUUCAGCAUCGAGACCAAGCGCAGCGAUCUUUUGGAAGAUGGACCGACCUUUUGGCUCGACUGGGAAGCUGUUUCCAACCUUCCGAAUCAUCGCCGGCAUCCGUCGGUUGAGAACCUGGUCGUCUCAAGUCUUCUGGCCUUGGUACACGGAGUUUGUGCUCAACCCCAAGCCAGCGCCAACCACUUCUUGAGACCGUCGCUUGUACGGCUCAUAAAAUUCUUGUGUCUUCAACAUGAGCACACUCAUACCCUGACCCUCAAGAAACGAAAAACUUCAUCCCCCCUAUGCACUUGGUGCUCUAUUGCGACUUGGAAAUGA